GGCUCUCAGGUGACCGCGGUGUGCGCUGCCCGCGACUCCGCUGGUUGCCGCGGCUCGCCCGCGCUCGGAGCUCCAGCCAUGCUGUUCUGGCACACGCAGCCCGAGCACUAUAACCAGCACAACUCGGGCAGCUACCUGCGGGAUGUGCUCGCGCUGCCCAUCUUCAAGCAGGAGGAGCCCCAGCUGUCCCCUGAGAACGGGGCCCGCCUGCCGCCCCUGCAGUAUGUUUUGUGCGCCGCCACGUCACCGGCUGUGAAGCUGCACGAGGAGACCCUGACCUACCUCAACCAAGGUCAAUCGUAUGAAAUCCGACUGCUGGAAAACCGCAAGUUGGGAGACUUUCAAGAUCUCAACACAAAAUAUGUCAAGAGCAUCAUUCGAGUGGUUUUCCAUGACCGCCGGCUGCAGUACACGGAGCACCAACAGCUGGAGGGCUGGCGGUGGAGCCGGCCGGGCGACCGCAUCCUGGACAUUGAUAUUCCACUGUCUGUUGGUAUCUUGGACCCCAGGGCCAGCCCAACCCAGCUGAAUGCAGUUGAGUUCUUAUGGGACCCUGCAAAGAGGGCGUCGGCGUUCAUUCAGGUGCACUGUAUCAGCACAGAGUUCACCCCCAGGAAGCACGGGGGCGAGAAGGGAGUGCCGUUCCGGGUGCAGAUCGACACAUUUAAGCAGAACGAGAACGGGGAGUACACGGAGCACCUGCACUCAGCCAGCUGCCAGAUCAAGGUGUUCAAGCCAAAGGGAGCUGACCGGAAGCAGAAGACAGACCGGGAGAAGAUGGAGAAAAGAACCGCUCAAGAGAAGGAGAAGUACCAGCCGUCCUACGAAACCACCAUCCUCACAGAGUGCUCUCCAUGGCCGGAUGUGGCUUACCAGGUGAACAGUGCCCCAUCCCCAAGCUACAAUGGCUCUCCCAAUAGCUUCGGCCUUGGAGAAGGCAACAGCUCGCCGACACACCAGGUGGAGGCCCUGCCCGUUGGCAGUGAUCACCUGCUGCCCUCAGCCUCCAUCCAGGACGCCCAGCAGUGGCUCCACCGCAACAGAUUCUCACAGUUCUGCCGCCUUUUUGCCAGCUUCUCAGGUUCUGACUUGCUGAAGAUGUCCAGAGACGAUCUGGUGCAGAUCUGCGGCCCUGCUGAUGGAAUCCGGCUCUUCAACGCCAUCAAAGGCAGGAACGUGAGGCCAAAGAUGACCAUUUAUGUCUGUCAGGAGCUGGAGCAGAACCGAGCAUCCCUGCAGCAGAAGCGGGAUGGCAGCAGUGACAGCAGCCUCUGUGUGUACCAUGCCAUCUUCUUGGAAGAGCUGACCACCUUGGAGCUGGUGGAGAAGAUCGCCAACCUGUAUAGCAUCCCGCCCCAGCACAUCCACCGAGUCUACCGGCAGGGCCCCACGGGCAUCCACGUGCUGGUGAGCAACGAGAUGGUGCAGAAUUUCCAAGAUGAAUCUUGUUUCAUUCUCAGCACACUAAAAGCUGAGAGCAACGAUGGCUACCACAUCGUCCUGAAGUGCGGACUCUGAGCAGCGGCAGGAGCGCCCUGCCUCCCGGCCCCAGGAAGCCCUUGGAUGUGGAAAUUGCACCACUGCCAGCUGCGGUCUCACCCGGCAAGCUGAAGCCAGGAGGGACCCUGCCCACUCCAUGACGGCUACAGACACCAACCAGCAGAAACCUGUGGACUCAAAGUCUGGCAUGCAGAGACCGGGUGGCUCUCCAAGCUCCAUGCCCCUAGGUAGAGGUUCACUGGGAAUCUUGGUACCACGUGUGUUGUCCCUGCUGGUCACUCUCCUGCCUCCAGAGAAAGCUUUGCCCCCCUUGCGCCAUCUCGUCCCUGCGUAGCUGGCUCCAAGCCUAGUGCUGCUGGCUCAUCGGGGUCGUUUCUCCUGUUCUCCUGUCUCUGUAUUUCUAUCUCAGUGACCCUGGUGAGCACCUUUGUCCCGUUCUUAGAUGAAUUGGUGGGAGUGAUGCCGUCCUGUACCUUCUUCUGUUACCUUCACCAUAUUUUUUAAAGAAAAUAACACUAUUUAAUACACUGUAUUUGCAAAAUAGUUACUCAGAAGAGAUACUGAUAAAAAA